AUGCCUUCUCUUUCACCCACAAUAACAGAGGCUAACAUAGCAAGAUGUUUAAAGAAAGAAGGAGAUCAAGUUGCACCUGGUGAAGUACUCUGUGAAGAAACAGAUAAAGGCACUGUAGAAAUGGAAUGUAUGGAAGAAGGAUAUCUAGCUAAGAUUAUACAUGGAGAUGGAGCAAAAGAAAUCCAAGUUGGCGAGGUGAUUGCUAUAAAUGUUGAGGAUAAGGCUGAUCUUGAUAAAUUUAAAUAUUUCAUAUAUUUAUCUUUUAUUCACGAAUAAAAGAUAAAUAUAUGAAAGUUUUUUUCUUUUUUAUGGAAAAUGAGAUAUAUAAAAGUAGGAUGCUUUAUUUUGUGUUUUAUUGUGGAAGUUUGCAGAUUUCUGUUAUGGAGGCUUUGCAUAAAAGUUUUUAUAAGGCAUGCAAUGAAUCAGCCACAAAGGGGGAAAGAGUGACAUUCAACAAAUUUAAGAAUGUUUUUAUGUUUAAUGAACUAGAAAUUGUAGAGUUCGUUUAAGUUGGAAUCGUGAUCCAUGUGUUCCACAGCAGCAUCCAUGGAGUGGAAUUGGGUGAUGAAUAAGGCUGGAAUGCAAAGCCAAAUGGGCUGGAAUGCAAUCAAGAAUGGGGACAUCAAGUACGGUUGUGUAUGGUGUAUUAGAUGUGUAUAUAUGGUGUAUUAGAUGAUUGUAUGCGAUGGUUGUAAAAGUAGAUAGGAUACAUAUAGAGUACUCUAUUAGGCAUGUAAUCUAAUACACCCCUCUACUAAUACGCCC